AAACUGAGUAAGCAUAGUAAUGUUUCCCACCAGCUGCCAAAAGUCCUUUGUUCUGGGUGUCCAAGAACAACCAGCCACACACUGACAUGCCUCCAAAUCUGAGUCUACUAAUCUAUUUUCUCCUCUUAAACUUCACUUCAAUCUGCUCGCUGGGUCUAUCCAUUGGUGUGAAUUGGGGCACUGCAUCCUCUCACCCCCUCCCACCUCCCAAAGUGGUGGAGCUCUUGAAGUCUAAUGACAUCACCAAAGUUAAGCUCUUUGAUGCUGACCCAGUUGUUCUUCAAGCACUCUCUGGCUCCAACAUUGCUGUCACUGUAGCCAUCCCCAAUUCUAUGCUCAAAAGCUUGAAUUCUUCCAAGAAAGCUGCUGAAAGUUGGGUCCAUGAUAAUGUCACUAGAUACAUUUCUCCUGACGGUGGCUCUAGAGUUAGGAUUGAGUAUGUUGCUGUUGGGGAUGAUCCAUUUCUCCUAAGCUACGGUGAGCAGUUCCUUCCCUUUGUUAUUGGAGCCGCCAUGAACAUCCAAGCAGCCUUGAGCAGAGCAGGCUUGGCUAGUGAAGUGAAAGUGGUGGUUCCAUGCAGUUUUGAUUCAUUCCAGUCAGAGUCUGGCCUGCCAUCAAAAGGACACUUUAGGCCUGGACUCAACAAAACCAUGAUUGAACUCCUUACAUUUCUUCGCAAGCAUCACUCACCUUUCUUUGUGGCCAUCUCACCAUUUUCAAGUUUCCACCAAAACAAGAAUAUUUCUCUUGACUUUGCUCUCUUCAAAGGAACUGCACACCCUCGUAAUGAUAGUCACAAAACAUACAAAAACAGCUUUGACUUAAGCUAUGACACCCUAGUUACUGCAUUAUCAACAGUUGGUUUUCCAGAAAUGGAUAUUGUUGUGGCACAAAUUGGGUGGCCAACAGAUGGAGCUGCAAAUGCAACUGUAUCUACUGCAGAGACCUUCAUGAAUGGCUUGCUGGAUCACCUUCACAGCAAAGUGGGGACCCCACUUAGACCUCGAGAUCCACCAAUGGAAGUAUACAUUUUAAGCCUUUUAGAUGAGGAUCAAAGACACAUAGCAACUGGAAAUUUUGAGAGGCAUUGGGGUGUGUUCUCUUUUGAUGGCCAAGCCAAGUACAAUAUAAAAUUUGGGCAGGAUGCAAAAAACCUUGUGAAUGAACAAAAUGUUGAGUACCUUCCUUCCAGGUGGUGUGUUGCAAACAAUAAUAAAGACUUGUCUAAUGCAACAGCAAGGGCUCUGGAGGCAUGUAAUGCUGCUGAUUGCUCUGCACUCUCUCCUGGUGGAUCUUGCUACAAUAUCAGUUGGCCCCAGAACAUAUCAUAUGCAUUUAAUAGCUACUAUCAGCAGCAUGAUCAAACGCCUACUAGCUGUGAUUUUGGUGGGUUAGGUUUGAUCACCACUGUCGAUCCAUCAGUGGAUAAUUGCAGAUUUCCAAUUGAAAUUCGCACUUCUCAUUCUUCUCUUCACAGAGCCUAUCUUUUCCAAUGCACGAUACUGCUAACACUCAAUACUUUUGCCAUUUUAUUUAGUUUUUCAUGGUAGAAAGACAUCUGCAGCCACAUGUGCUCCACAUAAUCAGCCUCAGUUCUGUGGUUAUGGUUAUGGAUAUUUGUUGUUGUACAAGGUUUCAACUUGCUUAAAAACUUAAUCGUGUGGAUUUGAAGUUGGAAAAGAAGGAAGCAAUUAUUAAGAGGUCCCAUUUUUUGGUAACUUUGUGGUUAGGAUCUUUCCCAGUUGUCACUAUGUCUUUUUCAGAAAUGAGAGAGUACUUGACUGAGUUUUUAUCCCGGUGCCAUGACAGUACCCUCCCCUCUUCUUUUGAUGUUGUGAUGUUAAAAUUGAAGUGUAUGGUACAAUUAGUUUACGGCAUCCCCAUUACCAUAUCUUAGUAACCAUUUUUGUAUCAUGCGUUUGAAGUAAUGGAUGUGAUGCAAUGAAUAUUUUUUAA